AUGUCCACCCUCAGUCAGCGUAAGCCAAGUGCCCCGAACGGCAAGACCGACGAGUCCAAGGAUGCUGCCCUUCACCAGUAUCAGGAGACCGAGGGUCAUUUCUCGAUGGUCAGAAACUUCCGUUUGGCCGACCUUGUCACCAUCAUGAAUGGAGUUUGCGGCUCCUUCUCCGUGUUUUCCUCGGCACGGUACCUCCUAACGAACGACGAGGAUUAUUUGUGGCAAGCACUUGCGCUCCCCCUUGCGGGCUUGCUGUUUGAUUUCUUCGAUGGAAAGGUUGCGAGAUGGAGGAAAGAGAGCAGUAUGCUUGGACAGGAACUGGAUUCGCUCGCCGACCUCAUCUCAUUCGGUGUCGCACCUAUGAUGCUAGCCUUCACCCUCGGCAUGCGCACAUAUCUCGACACCGUCGCCCUCACGGGCUUCAUCUGCUGCGGUCUUGCACGCCUCGCCCGGUUCAACGCCACUGUCGCGCUCGUACCAAAAGAUGCGACAGGAAAAUCGCAAUACUUCGAGGGUCUGCCUAUCCCUUCUUCCCUCGGAUUCGUCGGCAUCCUGUCCUACUGGACGAAGAUGGGAUGGAUCGAGGGAAAGGAGGGGAUUCCGUGGGGUGUGGUCACUCUUUGGGGAAAGCCUGGAGGCAGUGGAGAGGUGCAUGUCGUGUGCUUCUUGUUGGUGGCUUGGGCGGCGGCGAUGGUGAGUAAGACGCUUCGUAUUCCAAAGAUCUGA